CAGGAGAAAGGAAAAGAGUAUAAGGAACCCCGUCACAUAAGUUCUUUCAACUAAGACACCAUAACUCUGAUCGAUAUAAUCAUGGGUUAAGUUCCUAAGUUCACAAAACGGGUUACUAGUAGUAAUUGAUAAAUGCUUCUUGGAAUAAUCUCUUCUAAGCAUUUCUGCUAUUUAUCUCAACUUUCGAAGACACAGAGGAAGUAUAUAGAUAUCCCUUGUAAACAGUCAACCCGCAAUAAUUGUGAACAUACCUCAUAUACCUGUUACGCCGAGAGUUCGCCAACUACGUCGACACUUCAUCUCGGAGGAACUGUUUAAGACGCCUGAAAUCCUCUCCGGUCGAGUCUCCGCUAUGCUUAGCAGUCGGGCGACCUUCUAAAGACGAUGUAAGUACGUCUUUCUCUAAGAUUAUCUUAGAGCAGGCAAGCCUAUGGCAUCUGUAAAGCCCUUUGACCAUCCGGGCCAAAUGUGAAUGUUUACCUGUACGUGUCUCUUCGGAACCUAUCCCCAAAUUAUUCGAAUUUUAUUCUAGAUCAACACCAGAAUCUGUCUCCCACAUCCAUUUAGCCCGUAGAUAUAGCAUUUCCUCUACCCCAAUCCAUCACGACCCCAACGAAGAUACUAGAGCCCAAGGUAACUCAUAAGCUUGGUAUAGUAAAUUCGAUUUUCCCCGUCCCGAAUUCCCCCAGCAUCACCCCGACAUUUGCGCAGCAGCGGGCGGCAUGCUAACCCAGCGGCGCGAUGUCUCUCACUAUCACUAAGGUAGUUGCUAUCAUCUUCGCUCUCCUCGCGACAGCGGUGAUAGCAGCUCCAGUCCAAGCGGACGCGUCGUCCAACGAUGUCCGUUUCGCGCCUAACCCAGGCUUAACAGCCAACCUCUCCUUCCGCGUGAUCCUCGCCAUCGUCGGCACUGUGCUCUGCUGGGUACCUUUUCGCCUUCUCUGGCGCAAUGGCGACUUCGCGGCCGUCGUGCUGAUCAUCGACGUAGCCCUCAUGAAUCUGGUCACGGUUCUCAAUUCGCUGAUCUGGAACAGCGAUAACUGGGAUAACUGGUGGAUCGGUACCGGUCUCUGUGAUGUCGAGGUAUACACGUGGAUGCCUCUGCAGACCAUAUACGCCGGUGCCAUCCUCGCCAUCAUUCGCCAGUUGGCCCAGCAGGUCAAGCUAACGCGACCAUCGCAGCUCUCGCGCAACAAGCGCAGGAUGAGAGCUUUUAUUCAGGCUACCAUCAUCUUCCCCCCCGCGCUCAUCCAACUGUUAUUCACUUGGUUUGAUAUCGUUCAACGCUACAACAUCGGCACGCUCAUCGGCUGUAUGGUCUCGUUCGAUAACAGCUGGCCGCGAUUGAUUGUGUACGAUGGUCCUCCCACGGUCUUCGUAUUGGCGUCUGUUCCAGCCCUCGAAGUUCUCACAUGGAAGCGUUUCCGUACCAUCUCGAAGAGCACGCUACAUGGGCUCAAGUCUAACGAAGCCGCCGUCGCGCGCGCGACAUGGAUACGUAAUCGAUUGUACGGCAUGUCGUUAGCUAUCCUGGUCGUUUAUCUGCCCGUGUCCCUCUACCUGACAAUAGAAAACUUCCUGGAGAUGGGCGACCUCACGCCGUACAACUACAUGCGAAUCCACUGGGGGGACAAUCCGUACCCUUGGGACGCGAUCCUGUUCAUACCAUCGUGGUCGAUCUCAACAGUCGAGAUGAACCAGCCGUGGAUCGCAAUCUCAACGACAAUCGUCAUCGUAGGUUUCUUCGGUACCACCAAAGAUGGUCUCGGCAUGUAUCGUCGCUAUGCGAAGGCGCUAAAUUUGAGUCGACUUUUCUCAAGACCCAAAAAGCCGCACAACAAUCCUAACAUCUAUGUUCAAGGCGAUAACCAUCCCGAGUAUGCGAGAGGUAGCUGGAUCGAAUUAAUCAACCAGCCGAACCGAAGAAGGGAGAGUAGAAGAAAUAGGCCCAAGCCCAUUAACACUGAUCGGUAAGUAUCCCACCAUCCCAUCCCAUCGGUUCGAAUUGCCAACUAACCACCAAUCCGCAGAACCCGUAACAUCGAGGCAUUCUACACCCCCCAAGACACGGGAGCUACAACGGUGCCACCAACAGGUAAAAACAACCGCGAGCCGCUCCCACCCACAUUCGCAGACGUCCGCUUCCCGUUCCUGCAGAACGCGAAGCCCAGCCCCCUGGACAGCAAAGUAAUCGAGUCAAUGAUCCCACCGCGCACCUCCUCUCUCGCAAACCAGCAGCAGCACCUACCCGCACCACCGCGCGUGAAACUACGCCACAACGCCUCCCACCGCAACACCACCAAACGCCAUCCCACACCUCCCCCC